UCGUCGUCAACUUGUAGUGAACGGUCGAAGUCUUAAAUUGGUGGUGAUAUCAAGUGUGGGUGGAAUCUUGAAAAUAAAAAAAUAUGCAAGCAAUUUAAUUUUUUGUACAUUCACCUUGACUUUGAAUCGUCGUCACACUUGAUGUCGACCUAAUCAUUGUGUCGUUAGAAAACAUAAAAAUAUUUAUGUAGAACAUAAAUUGAUAACGAAAACAGAUAUCUACAUACAAAUUUGAGUUUAAAGAAGGAAUAAGAAGUGACAUCAAGUGGCAGUGAAAAGAGAGAUAAAGAUAAAUAUCUGAGUAAACACGAUUGAGUCAAUUUGUGUGUUGUGAUACGCGUAAAUUGAAUGAGAAAAGAUGUGGUCAAAAGUUUUUUGCGUGCUUUUCUUAACGAGCUUAAAAAAUAUAAAUGGGAUGAAUUCCACACAAAAUCGACAAACUGUUUAUGAAAAGUGUCGUGGACCAGGCGAACCUGGACCUUGUAAAAGCUUUUUAUAUAAGUGGCGCUUUGAAGUGACAACUCAAGAGUGUAAUACGUUUAUCUGGGGCGGGUGUGGUGGUAAUCCAAGUAACCGAUUUGAUACAGAAGUUGAAUGUUUAGCAUAUUGCAUUGGUGGAAAUCAUACAUUGCCACCUUAUAUAAUACCACAAACUACAACCAUUACUCCCAAUAUCAUUAAUAAAGAUGUACCAACAAAUGUUAAUGUGGAUAAUAAAGUGACUCCAGUUAAGAACGUGACAGUUGAUCCAAUUGAGUCACAUGGCGAUGAGUUGGUGUUUAAAGAAACUGAGAAAGAAAAGCCUGAAAAGGAAUUUAUGUUUGCACAAAACAAUACUUUCAUUCAGAUUGACGGCGAUACAAUAAAAACAUUUCAACUUCGUUUGUGUCGAGAAAUAAGUUUUCAAUUUCGAACGCGACUUCCACAUGGACUUCUUGUUUAUCAUAAUGUGAAGAAUCCAGAAGGAAUUGAACUUGAUCCUUAUGCGCUUUACGUGAUUGUUGAGAAAGGUCAAUUGAAAGUGGUUCAUGUUUUCGGAAAGCAUUCGACAUCGGUGAUUGUUGGUGAAGGUUUGAAUCGUGAUGAAUGGCAUAGCGUUGUGGUUAGAAUCGAUGUUCAUGGUGCUCGAUUGAUAGCGAGAGUUGAUAACAGUCAAGAAGAAGUUUAUUUGAAGGGAUUAAAUCACGAUACGAAUUAUGGCGUGUCAACAAAUUUACCUUCUGUUGUGCUUGUGGGUGGUUUAAGUUCUGAAGAGAAACUUCACGGUGUUAAAUACAUCAUCGAAUCAUUUGUUGGAUGCAUUCGAAAUGUUGUCUUGAAGAGUGGAAAAGCAGCUUCUGAUUUACUUCCAAUCACACCAUUGGUAGCAUCAAAACAUGAGAACGUCGUUGAAGGUUGUCACAACAAAUGCUAUUCGAGAGAAAAUUUAUGUUUCGAAGGAUCGAAUUGUAUUAAUCAUUUCUCGUCAGUCUCUUGUGAUUGUUUUGGAACAAAAUACGAAGGAGAACAAUGUGAUAUUUAUUCUGCAACGGUUUUGACACUUAGAGGGUCGAGUUAUGUUUCUUACAGAAUUUACGAUUGGAAAGAUCGAACACAUAGUUCAGUGACACGCAUCAGUAUGGUGUUUAAAACCUGGUUUGAUGAUUCAAUUCUAUUUUAUGCUAGUGGAGAGACCAUCAAGUCACAAUAUAUUGGAGCUUCGAUCAAAAACAACUCAACAUACAUAGAAAUGGAUUUCGGUGACGGUCCAGUGAAUUGCACACUUGGAAACGACUUGACAAGCUACUACUGGCAUAAAUUGACAAUUCUUCAUGAUCAUAAGACUGUCAAAGUUAUUCUCGAUGAUCAAAUGAAAGUGUUUGAAGGUGCUAAAAAUUUAUUGUUUGAUCCGGAAAUUUAUUUUGGUGGUGGACCUGAUUUGAAUAAGAAGAAAGGUUUAGCUUCGAGUAACAACUUUGCUGGAUCAUUCAAGAAUGUUUUCUACAACGACAUUUCAGUUCUCUAUGAAUUGAAAAAGAAGAACCCGAAAGUUCAUUACAUUGGCGUUUUAAGUCCUGAGUUUGUUGAAAUUGAAGUCGAUGUCAUUCCAAUCACUUAUCCUUUCGCAACAUCACACAUUUGGUGGCCAAUUAAAGAAACGAAAGAGAUGAAUGUGAAGUUUGAUUUCAAGAGUAGUCGAAACACGGCGAUUUUAGCUUACAGUGAAGUUCAGACUAAAGAAGGUACUGGCUAUUGGGAGAUUCGUUUGUCAACCGAUAAAAUUAGCUUCGAUCUUGUCACUGAAAAUAACAUCACAAUUCCAACUUUUAUCAAGAUUGAAAAUCCCACGCAAUGGCAUGCAAUUGAACUUUCUUACACGAAUGAAACCAUCAAAUUCACGGUCGAUUACAGGCACACAGUGACACAAAUGUAUGGACUUUCGUUUAAUAUUGGCAACAAAAUCAUCAUCGGGAGCAGCUUGAGAGCGUCUGGCGCUGGUCUCGUUGGUUGUAUGAGAGAUUUGAGCAUCAAUGGUCUGGAUAUUGAACCAAGAUUUGUUGUAAAAACUGAGAGAGUUGUCGGGGAAAUCGCUUUAGACAAUUGUCAGUUUGUGGAUCCAUGUCGACGACCAAAUACUUGCGAACAUAAUGGAAAAUGCAUUGUGAAGAAUGAUCGUGUGACUUGUGAUUGCAAAGGAACGGGAUAUGUUGGAAAAAAUUGUCAUUUUACGAAAUAUCGAAAAACAUGCGAGGAAUUAGCACUUCUCGGUUACACAAAGUCUGACGUUUAUUUAAUCGAUAUUGAUGGCAAUGGAAUCUUUCCACCAGCACAUGUCAAAUGUGACUUCCAAAGCCUCGAAGAUUCAACUAAAACAAUAACAAUUGUCGAACAUAAUUUACCAUCGCAAGUUGACGUUCGCUCGACGUCACUCGACGAUUUCAGCUUCGACAUCAAAUAUCGUGAAUUUUCAGCUGAAAUGCUUCAGGAAUUAAUUUCACAUUCAUUAUAUUGUACGCAACAUAUUAAAUAUGAUUGCAUGAAAGCUCCGUUAGACUUUAACAGCGCUACGUGGUUUAAGUCGUCACAUAAAAAUAAUUUAACGAUUAUCGAUUUCAUUGGUGAUAACAAGCGUGGUUCUUGUCCAUGUGCUAAAACCAAAUCAUGUGAAGAUCCAAAUCAAUUAUGUAAUUGUGAUAAAAGUGACACAAUGUGGUCAUCUGAUGAAGGAUAUUUCAGUGAACCGCAUUCAUUAGGCAUCACGAGCAUGUACUUCCUUCAACAGAAAACUUUGGAUGAAAAUUCUCAAGGAAGAAUCACUUUGGGACCUUUGGAAUGUGUUGAGACAAUUUUAAUUACUGUUUUUCGUUUAGAUACACAGAAAUAUGUCGUGACAUUCACAACAUCACAAUCGUAUAUUGAAGUUCCUGGAUGGAGAAAAGGCGACAUUGCUUUCUCAUUUAGAACAACUGGGGAAAAGGCGAUUCUUCUUUUCCAACCACCUAUUCGACCAAACUUCCCGUCAUUCUUGGUUGCCUUGACUGGAGAUUAUCAAUUGACAUUUGCAUUCACAUUAAACACGGGAACAUCACGUGAAAUGGUCAUCAACUCGAAUCGGAAGCUCAAUGGUGGUGAAUGGCAUAAGAUUUGGAUCGACUACAAUGAUUAUCAUGUGAGAUUUAUGAUCAAUACGGAUUACGAAAUGGUCAAUUUGUUACCAGAAGAGGAGUUUGGACCUUUUGAAGGUUCAAUGUAUAUCGGAGGUGCAACAGCAGAUCUUUUAAAGAAAGCUUCAGUCAAGCAAGGAUUGAUUGGAUGCUUCAGAGGUCUUGUCGUGAAUGGAGAAAUUCUUGACAUAUACAGCUACAUGUCAGUUCAUCUAUCAGAGAUUAUCAAAGAUUGUAAGCCAAGUUGUGUUCCAAAUCCAUGUAAGAAUGGUGGACAAUGCAAAGAACUCUGGUCGAACUUUCAAUGUGUUUGUAAAAAUCCUUGGGCACAUGUUGGAGAAUUUUGUGAAAAAAAUUACAAUGAAAAAGCAUUAACAUUUACAAAUCGAGUCUCGUAUUUGAAAAAAAUAUUUGUUAACGAUACUGACGGUUCGUCACUUCUUCGUGGAAUAUUACGAGAGAAUUUAUUAAUCAACAUUCGAACUUAUGACGAUCACGCUUUGAUUCUUUAUGCUCAUGAUAAUUUCAACAACUUUAUUCAUCUUUACAUAACGAAUGCUAAUCAAGUUGUUUACCUUUUCAAUCAUGGAAAUGAGAUUGUCAAUUUGACAGUCAGUAAUAAAGAGUUGAGUAGUGGUAAAAGCAUUCAGAUUGCGGUAAUUCGAAGUGAAACAUCAACAAUUCUUCAUGUGAAUGAAUUUAAUAUGACACUUGAGAAAGGCGUCUUGUUGUUAGAAGAAUAUUCAAACAAACCUUGGACGAAUCCCGAUGCUGAAGUUUUGUCACCACAUCGACCACCGGCACCAACAGUUUUCUACUUUCAACUUAACAUUGCUGGUUAUGAUCCUUCAAAUCUUUUGAGAGUUAACAGCAAUUCUCUCGAUGGUCUCGUUGGAUGUGUAAGAGGACUAAAGAUUGGUGAUAAUCUCGUUGAUCUUCCUGAACUUGCAAAGGCUAAUGAAGCUCACGAAUCUGAUGGAGUUCUUGCUGAUUGCCAAAUGUAUUGUGAUGCAGAACCAUGCAAGAAUGGUGGCAUUUGUACUGAGAAUUUCGCCAAAAAAGACGCUGAUCAUAAAGUUUUCUGUAAUUGUGAACAUACAAGUUUCUUAGGAGAAUUUUGCAUGGAAGAGAAAGGCGCUGAAUUUUCUGGCGAAUCGGGAUUACAAAGAAUUUAUGCUUUGGAAGGGAAAAUUGAUCAUUUGAAGCUUCAACUUGCAUUCUCAAGUGGAGACUUAAGAAGAGCUAAUCGGAUUAUGCUUCUGCUGCAGACAGACAUUCCGACAUAUUAUCUGAUGGUUGGCAUUGACACUGACGGAUAUUUAUUCUUUGAAGAAGACAGAAAUGGUCAAAUUUAUUCAGCGACCAUUCAACAUGAGUUCCUUAAUAAUGCAAGACAUUCAGUUUAUUACAAAAGAGAUUUUGAUGACGCAGUUUUACUUAUUGAUCAAGCGGAAGUAAAUCUCACUGAGAAUGUUCUUCGAAAUAUCACACAACCUAUGACUGAAUCAUCUAAUAAAGUUUAUAUUGGUGGAAUAAACUCAACUGAUUCGCGCUUUGCUAUUUAUAAAAGCUACAGUGGAUGUUUAUCAAAUAUUUUCUUGGAAGUUAACAAUCAAUCAUUGAAACCACUUGACGAAUACAUGCUGUUUACAAAAACUGAAGCUGAAAAUAUUCUUGUUUUGAAUCCAUCUGGUGUAAGAUCAGCACAAUGUAAUGCUCAUUUUGAAAUAGUUCAAAAACUUAUUGACGAGCCUCUACUCAAUAUAAGUUUGGGAACUGAUAAAAAUUGGGUCGAAGACAGUCCCGCUAGGAUUCCAUACAAGUCAAAUUAUGUUGAUAAUGAUGAACAAGAAGAACAAACUCAAGUUGUGUUCAUAGUUUUGAUAACACUUUUCUUUGUCAUCAUUAUUUGUUGCAUGAUUGAAGUUUAUCGUUCCGAUCGAGCGCAUAAGAGACGAAUUGAAAGAGAAACUGAUGAAAGUAUAAUUUGGUCAAAAGAACAAGCAGCUAAAAUGCUUGAAUCACCUGGAUCCAGGAAAAUCUCUUAUAAACCUGUUUCAUUUGAAGAUCCCGAUGCUAAAGCAACAAAAUCGACCGAACCUUUAAUCAGCAUCUUGAAGAAUGGAACUGCUGGUGUUCCGAAACAAACAAUCGAGACAGAAAAGCCACUUAAAGAUUCUAAUGGAGGCUAUCGAGAGAGUCAAUUAAUGGAUCACGAACCCCAAUGGGAGUCCUUGGUUGGCUCACAAAAUUCUAUUAAAUCACCAAAUAAUGACGAUGACAUUGAUAAUGCGAAUGAUACUGACGACUUGUUGGUAAGCAAUGAUCCUGCAUCGUUGGCAAAUCUUGCACCACUGUCAUCAAUCUCUGAAGUAACAUUAGAUAGAUUUCAUUAAACAAUUGAUGUGUUUCUUGUUGCCAUCAAUUUUAAUUAGCAUCUUAAAUUAAAUUUUACUUAUCUUCAAUGUAGUAAAUAACUCUUAAAUAUGACUACGUAGUCUUUAUGUUGGAACCUACUUAAAAAUGUGCAUGAAUAAAUUUUAAGCUUUUUGUUUAGUCGUAUGACAAAUUUGUUUGACUUCUAAUACUCUUAAUUGAAUACGUGCAUGAAGAAAUGCAUUCUCUUUGACAAAAAACGUAGAUCAAAGUGAGAAGAAUUCAAAGUCUUAUUCAAAAUAUUCACGCCAACGACAAUAUUCUUUUCCUCCACCCACGCUCAACACACAAUUACCAUUUAAACUUGAAGAAGAAGAAAAUGGUGACGAGGAUGGCGAAGAAGAUGAUGAAGAGAUAUCGACCAAUUCAUCAGCAUCAAAUAGUAUUGAUAUAGUUUCAUAGAUAG